AACCUGACAUUUGAUUCAUUCUCAGUGUGUCCUGCCUUGGUCCUUUGAAACAGAAUGGACAGCAAGCAAAAGGUCAAAGCUGUUGUUGCUGGUUGCAUAUGUACAGGGCCACAACUGACAACAGAGCCUGAGGAAGAUCACAAUAUUAAACAUGGCAAAAUGCUUGGUCAAGAUCAGGACUCAACGAAGCCUCCACUUGCACAUGAUGAACCACUGCAGCAGUAAUGUGUUUGUUCGUCUGCUGAAACAUGGCUCCAAGAUCACACCUCGAAAUGCUGGUGCCCCAUUGCCCAAAGUGGAUGGUUCUGAGCCUCUGGUUGCCAGCUCACCAAGGAAGGGAGCUUGGUGUGCAGACUCUUCAAAUGAAGAAGAAGAUAAAGUACAAGAUGACCUCUUGACCAUUUCUGAACUAGCAUACAAUCCCAGUGUCAGCCUGCUCCCUACCCCAGUGGAUGAAGAUGAAGUAGAAAAGCUCUUUGACUGUCUAUCUAGGCUUGAGUUAGAAAGAGAAGACACAGAUGUAUUUGAGGAAGUAGAUGAAAAUGCCUUUUUGAUGGCUGAAGAAGAGAAGGUGAAGGAAACUAGUCAAGUUUUGUCAUGGAGCUAUUCCAUCCUGACGGGCCGUAUCUGGGUCAAUCCUCGGGUCAAGCAUUGCUCCAGGCUCCUUGUGGUGGGCCUGGGACUGCUUCUGUUUGUAUUUCCCCUGCUCCUCCUCCUUUUGGAGUCAGUCUCUAUGCCAUAGCCAGAAUCAUCAGGACCUGCACAUGGUGGACCCAUUCAAGAUUCAUUUUCCACAUUCCAGGCUCAGUUUCUGACUGGGUAGAUAAAUUCAUGAGUGAGCUCAGGGAAGCUCAGCUGUCGUCACUUCAGAGAGGAAGAAAGAAACAUCACUUGGGCCUCAGGCUCCUGCUGUACUCACCCAUCCUUUAGUAAAACUGAUUUAAACCCUCUUCUGGACAUUGUG